AUGCAGACUAUGCAAAGAUCGUUUGGGAAGCUUCUCAACAAAGCUCCAGGGGACAAUGCGAAGGUAUCCGUUUUGUUGAAUGAUUACGAAGACGCCGACAGAGUGCUCGCUAAGCUCAUUGACCACGCGAAAGCCUGGCGAGAUUCCUGGGUAACUCUCACAAAUACACAGCUGGGCAUCGUCUCCGAAUACGAAGGCCUAUAUGAUCCCAUCGAAGGAUCGGCUCGUACCAAUGGCAAGGCGGCAAUACCUACGCCAGAGCUGCAGCUCAAUCGCACGUUCAAGCUUAAGGAGGCAUACGCCGACCUCGGUACGGAAUUAAUGGAGGAGAUUGCCCUCAUAGACUCAAGAGUCAUAAAGCCCGCUACAGACGCCCGUGAUUGUAUUGCACCAAUCCGGAAGACGAUCAAAAAGAGGGAGAAUCGAAGAUUGGAUUACGAAAAGGCACAGGACAAGGCUAUCAAACUGCAGAGGAAACCAGGCAAAUCAGCCAAGGAUGAUGCUGCUCUAGUAAAGGCUGAAGAGGAGGUUGUACGGGCUGCUGAUGAAUUCCAAUUUGCCGACAGCCAUCUCAAGGAGACACUGCCCCCAAUUGUCGACGCGGCGUUCAGGAUGGUACCUCCAGUGCUCGGCACCAUAAUAUUGAUACAAAACCGCCUGCUCGGGCUAUACUACACCACUCUGCACAAUUAUUGCGAAGAGCACGAAUUCCCUUCACCGCCCCCACCGAUGGAUGAAGUCAUUGCGAUGUGGUCAGGCGCGUUCAAUCCCGUCAAACGAGAAGUCGAGUCUAUUAGCUGCAUUGCCCACGGCAAGACAGUCCGACAGCCCAUGCAUGUUAUCGAUAUCGAGCCGCCAUCUCCCGAGGGCCGGAAGGCGUCAGUGCCGUCAUUGAAUGGAUUUCGCAGGACUUCAUCAAACCUCAUCCCGGGAAACGCCAACGGCAACAGACCCGAACCGGGCCCAGGACCAAUGCCCCCACGGCCGAAACGAAUUCCCUCAUCGACGUCUCUUGCCUCCUCCAACUACGCCAUGGCCAACAACCUCGGGGUGCCAACCGAGUUUACAACAGCGUCCGGCUACGGCACAUCUCCAGGCGCCUCGCCGAACUCAUUGCGGCCGACUGAUUACUUCAGUAACAGCGGACCCAGUCGGCCGGCCACCGCAUCAACAAUCGCAUCCAAUAUAUCGCAGAACAGCAUGGUUCUCUCUCAGCAAACCCCAUCAGGUGCGACAGCUGCGGCCUCGGUGAUAGGGAAGAAGAAACCGCCCCCGCCGCCACCGAAGCGCAUCGCGUCCAUGGCCAAGCCAGAGGAAUUCGUGAUAGCGCAGUAUGCCUUCGCGGGACAAGGGGCGGGCGAUUUAUCGUUCCAGGAGGGCGACCGGAUCCGUGUCGUCAAAAAAACUGGGACGGACCAAGACUGGUGGGUAGGCGAGGUGAGGGGCCAGAAGGGCAGCUUUCCAGCGAAUUAUUGCAAAGCGGCGUAA